AUGAAUUGCGAAAUUCUACCGCAGGACAUCCAAUCGUUACUGGAAUACUUCGCCAAGAACAUGUACCGCGCGAAGGAUUGUGAAAAUGGCAAUGACGUUAUGCACCGGUGUAACGUACUAUUGCAGCAGGACUACAGCGUGAUCGAGAUCAGCAACAGCACUGGUGAGCUUUCCUCGCACUAUCCCAGCACCCUGCUGAUACCGGAGUACGAGUACCGGAAUCUCUCGAGCAGCUCAGGAAAUACUCAGGCACCGGCGGCCGGACCCAACAAUGGGUACGCUAGCCUUAACGAUUUUCUCGCCCGUUCCGGCAACCUUACCGGCGACGUGCCUAAUCAACAUCAGCCCGCUCCUGCCAACCUGCAGCAGCAGCAUCCAUCUUCUGCACCAUCCACUCCAUCGGCGCCUGGCCAGCAAACCAUCUACGAGACAUCGUACGACGGCAAUAAGCUUCGAGAUUUAAUUAAUAAAGCCCGGUUUGCCCGCUGUAGGGCGAGGUUUCCGUUGCCCGUUAUCCUGUACAAGGGCAAAUACAUCUGCCGUUCGGCGACGCUAUCCGGUGGACCGGAGAUUUAUGGGCGUUCCGGAUUGGACUACCUCUUCUAUAGCCUAGACUCAGCAGCUACCUCACCGACGCUAGAUGAGGAAGCGUACGAGGCGCGUGAAACGUCCCUGCCGGAGGACACGUUCGAGGAACCGAUCACCAACAGUGACUGGCAGUUGUUCGAUCGCGUACGCAGCCAGGACAUCAAGCUGCUGAAGACGCUAAACGUCGGCACGAUCGUAGACUUUAUGGUGGAAAAGAAAAAGGUCAAGUUUGGCAUGAACGUAACGUCGUCCGAGAAGGUCGACAAGGAGAAGCGUUACGCCGAGUUCAAGAUCGUUUCGCUACCAUAUCCGGGAUGCGAGUUUUUCCGGGACUACCGUGACAAUAACUACUCCGGUGAGGGGCUCGUUUUCGAUUGGUCCCAAGCCCACGUCGACGCAAGCAUUGGCGUCCCGGAUGAUACCGUGUCGGCGCAAUUACAGAUCGAUUGGGAUAACUACAAGGAUUGGGAUCUGGUGAAGAUCACACAAAACUAUCUGAAGUUGCUGCUGCGGUACCUCCAGGACAGCAGUUCGGGGUUGCUGAUACACUGCAUCAGUGGAUGGGAUCGGACACCAUUGUUCGUAUCCUUGCUACGGCUGUCGCUGUGGGCGGAUGGCGCGAUUCACCAAUCGCUCAGUGCGGCUCAGAUCCUUUAUUUUACCAUCGCCUACGAUUGGCUCCUGUUCGGUCACAACCUACCCGAUCGACUGAACAAGGGCGAGGUGAUAUUUUUCUUCUGCUUCUAUGCGUUAAAGUACAUCGCGGAGGAUGAGUACAGCAUUUUAGGACAACGGUAUAAAAGCAAACACAGCAGCGGUAGCAGCAGCAUAGGCGUGAUCCGGACCGACAGCGAAUCGAUGCUCGAUGGCAUACUACUCGACGGGGAAAGUAGAGGUUCGAGCAUUUCACUCAACUCGACCUGCAGUUGCUUAAGCGGUCGAAGCUCCUCCCAACAUGAUACCCAAACGUGCAUCAGCAUCGGUGGAAAUGGCGCAAUCAGUGCCUCGAGUGGGAUCAACGUGACGAUCGGUGGUUCCAAUAUUCACAACACCGACUGCCUUCACGCUACGAGCGGUAGCCGUCCGAUUGUUGGUGUACACAAUCCGCACGACGACAAUUUAAACGCCAGCAACGGCAAUGGCUGGUUAGCGCAUAGUCACGAUAGUAAUAGCAGUAUUGGAUGCAUAUCGAACGAUAGUACUACUAAUCUCAGUAAUCAUUGCGCUUGGUCGCCACAAACGAAAAGAACUAGUCCAGUCUCGGUGCCGGUGGCGAGUAGGUUAAGACAGCGGCAGGAAUCUACCUCGUCCCUGUCCGUAGGCAGCUGGCAAAUGAUUUCUGGAACCGGAAGCCUGCGAAGUACCGACUCCGCAACGGAACUGAACCAAACUGCCCAGCAUCAUCCCCAUCAUCACCAUCACCACCAUCAUCAUCACCACCAGGCGCCUGGAAACCAUCAGCCACAGUUCCACCCUGUAUAUAGCCAUCUGUACGGAAACAAUCACGCCCCGAUUCCUGUCGCGUAUGCCACGGAUACGACGGCCACGACUCCCAACGCAAAUUCCCAGCACCAUCAUCACGGGCCGGGACAUAUACCUGCUUCCCAGUUGCAUCAGCAGCAGCAUUCGCAGGAUUCCAGCUGCUGCACGAUACUGGACGAUGACUGUUUCAGCUUGUCUUAUAGUCACGAUUAUUACGCCAUGCGCCGUGAACGGUUAAAUCAAGUGCGAACACUCUUCUACAACUGUUACUACUCGACCAUUGCAUUCAAAUUCAAAUCGGUGCCGGAUUCCGCCCUUGGGAGUCUGCUCGGGAACUUUGCGGAAAAGGUGGGACUUGCCCAUCGGACUUCGGUGUAAAAAAACCCAAAUCCAACCGAGGUUCGUGCACCAGUGCGAAAACCCCAGUCAGCAGUAAAUAGAAGGGAAUAACGCCGAGCCAAACCAAGAGGAUACCAACCGUUCGAUUCGACUUGCUUCCACGAGCGCCUUGAACACGAGUCACCGAGGAGUGAUGAAGGAGAUGUAAGGGGGAUGUAGAAGCAAGAGUCUUCCACAUUGUUGGAAUUGAAUUGAGUUUUCUUUUUAAUUUGUUAACUAUUUUCUCUUUUUUUUUGGAUUUUUGUAUAAUAUCCUAGUAAGCAAAAUGCGCGUGUAACUCAGGUGAAGUGUUUGCACCCCUUCCCUACA